GAUACCGAUCUGUUUUGAAGCUUUCGUGGUUGGGUGGUAUUUUGAACUAUAUUUACGUUGCUUGUCAGAAAGUUCAUUGCCUAUUUAUUGCAUAAAAUCAGUAAAUAUGGAAAAAAGAAAUAUUCUAGUCUAAUUUAGUGACUACUUUUUUACAAAAAUAAAUAUCUAACGUUUUUUCGUACUACAUAAAGCUAUUAACUUAUUAUUAAACAAGUUUUUUUUCUCUUUUUCUAAAUAUCGACGUUAAAUCUAUUGCACCGUCUGUUUACCUUUCUCUUGAGGCUAAAGCUCAUCACAAAUCAGGAGUGAAAUAAAGGCAUGCCUAAUACUUCUGCAAUGAAGACAAAAAAAGCCCCAUGGAUACCUCCACCUGGUAGAUCUCUGCAUCGUAUUAAAACAACUGCAAAAUCUAAAACCGAAGGUAGCUCUAAAUUUGAAGCUAAUCAUCCUACAACAGAUAUGCACAGCACAGAAGAUAGAUUUGAUGUAGCAUCACUUAGUUCUACUUCAUCAUUCAAUGAAGAUACAUCUGAUGUAAACGUUCAUUUACAUUUUAUAAAACAAGAAAUACAAUUAUUAACAAAGCAUUUUAUUUCAUUAAAACAGAUAUCACAGUUUCUUGUUGGGAUAUUUAAUACAUAUGAAACUGAAGAUGAAACCAUAAAAGAUUUACUUACAAAAAUUUUGGAUGAAGUUAAAGAAUUUAUUUUUAAUCUUGAUGAUUUGGAAUAUUCUGUAACUUUAGUAGAAAAUACAAUAUCUCAAGAAGAUCGAACUGCUGAAUUCCAAAAAGUGACUAAACUAAAAGAAAAUUUACUUUCAAAACUUUUAGGCUCUUAUUCGAAUAUCAUUACAAUUUUUCAAACAUAUAUUCAGAAGCAGAAUUCUUCCCGUAUGUUAAAGAAUGAGGAAGACAAAAUCACAUUACUGAAUCAGCUACAGGAGAGUGAACAGAGAUGUAUUUCUCAAAGGGCUGCCAUCAAAGAUUUAGAGAGGAGAUUGUCUAUUAUCCAGGGUAAAGCUAAUACCAUGGAGAGUUAUAAAUCAACUUUGGAAGAUACUAGAACUGAGUUGCAGAAGCAGUUAUCAUAUAAAGAUGCUCAAAUACAGUAUUUGACUGCUGAACUAUCUCAACUUUCCACCAAAGAAAAAACUGAUGACAAUGAGAAACUUCUUGAAAUAAUUGAAGAAAUUAAAAAGAAUGCCCAAGCUGAAAAAACAGCAUUGAAAAAAGCUGUAAAAUUUCAGAAAUCACGAGCAGAAAAAUUGGAACAGUUGCAUGUUAGAUCAGAAAAAGAAUUGAAGGAAAAAGAAAAAAUGUUACUGGAUAUUGCUGCACAAAGAGAUCAAUUAAAGUUACACUUAACUAUGGCAAAUAAUAGCAUUAUUGAGGGAAAGAAUCAAAUUGAAGAGAUCAAACAUCAGAGUUUGAAACUACAAAAUGAAAUGUCUGAGAAAGAAGGUGAUUUGAAGCGACAAUUACAAGAGCUGUCUUCCUCUAUAAAUGAAAAGUCAACUCAAUUGAAUGAUUGCUUACGAGAAAAAGUGAAAUUAGAGAGAGAUUUUUCUGAUGUAACAAAUGAGUUAGAGAUGGCAAAAAGAGAACUGAACUUGCUGAAAUCUAGAUUUUCUGAGAUAAAUAUGCUAAAAAAAGAUCAAGGUGAUGGAAAUAAUGGAAGUCCAUUAAAGGAGGUGAAGCAGCUUAUUUUAUUGCUGCAGAAUACACAGGAACAGCUCAAAAAUAUAAAAUCAGCUGCAAUCAAUACCACUAUGGCUGGUGGAGGUGAUUCAACUGCAGAUGGAAAGACUGAUGGAGCUUAUAAAACUCUUUUGAAAGCUGUAGAUGAAAUCAAAGAACAUUUACUAGAUUUGAAAAAUCGAGUUUUGGAUUCUAAAGAUGAUAAUCGAAAAUCUGAAUUGGAAAUGAAACUAAAAGAGCUUCAAAAACUGUAUACCUCUUGUUCGAAAGAAAAUCAUGCUCUGAAGGAUGAGAUUGAAGAACUGAAAAAUACUCGCUGGAAUAAUUCAUCACAGCAAAAUGAAAUUUCGUAUAUGCCCGAAAAUGACUUCUCUGCCAAAACGAUUCAGAUGGAACUAAGAUUGAAGAAUGAAGAAAAUUGGAGACUGAAGCAAAGAGAAAAAGACUUGGAGCAUCAACUUGAAGAAGUGAAAAAUAAAUUACAGAAAAAGGACGCAGAAAAUUUCAGGCUGUACAGUCUUGAAGAAGAAUUAAAAUUGAGAAAAAAUGAAAUAUCCUUAUUAGAAAAGAAGAAGGAAGAGGAAUCAGAAAGACUACUAAACAGGAUUAAAGAGUUACAGAAGGCUUUAGAUGAAACCACUGCUGAAUGUGACAGAUUGAAGCGUUAUGUACAAGAUCUAAGAGCUUCGUAUCUAAAUGUCUUUGGUGGAACUUCUUAAUAGAUGGGGUUACCCUUGUAUAUAUGCUGUAUGAUAUUUGUAAAUAUAAAUAAACAACACCAAUUUUUGUGUG